AGUUAAAUAGUCUUCCCUAGAGCAGUCACGAGAAUGUUCCUAAAAAAAGGCUAGAAGCCUAGAAGGCCACACGAGAGCGUCUGAAUGUUUAUGCAGCGAAGAUUAUAAAACAUGGUUUUCGAGUCGUUAGUGGCUGAUUUAAUCAACAAGUAUCUGGGAGAUUUCGUGGAGAACUUGGACAGGUCGCAGCUGAAGAUAGGAAUAUGGGGAGGAGACGUGGUUCUACAGAAUUUAGACCUAAAAGAGAGUGCCCUGGAUGACUUGGAUCUACCAGUCAAGAUCAAAGCAGGGCAUAUAGGGAAGCUAACUUUGAAAAUUCCAUGGAAAAACCUGUACACAGAAGCAGUGGUCGCAACAAUUGAUGGACUGUAUGCCCUCGCUGUCCCCAAUGUUGCAAUCAAGUAUGAUGCAGAGAAGGAAGAGAAAGCUAAACAGGAGACCAAGCAGAAGAAACUACAGCAGAUUGAGGAGGCGAAGAAGGCAGCACUCGAGCAAGGUAAAGAGAAGGAACCUAAGAAGGAUUCCUUUGCCGAGAAAAUGGCCGCCCAGAUCAUAAAAAAUUUACAGAUCCAGAUCAGUAACAUACACAUACGUUACGAGGACUCGUACACAAAUCCGGAUCAUCCUUUCUCUAUUGGGAUUAGCAUGGCUGAUUUACUGUUCCAGACAACAGAUGAGAAUUGGAAACCUUGUGUUGUGAAAGAAGCAGUCAACCAAAUCUUCAAGCUGGUUAAGUUAGAUUCCCUGGCGGUGUAUUGGAAUAGUAACACAGAACUGUACUCAUCCCUCAGUAAUGAACGGCUACUGGAGAAGCUUGGGAGGGAGAUUCCUGGAAAGGAGAAGGCGACAACACAUCAGUUCUUAAUCAAGCCAAUCUCUUCUGUGGCUCACCUCAAACUGAACAUGAAGCCAGAGUUGAACAACUUUUCCUCCCCUAAGGCCUUCCUUACUGUAGUGUUUGAUGAGAUCGGAGUUGGACUGUCCAAAAGACAGUAUAAUGAUGUCCUGGAGAUGCUGGAGUCGGCUGAGAGGAUGUAUCUAAUGAGUGUAUAUAGGAAAUACCGUCCCAACGUCCCACUCCAUAAAAAUGCUAAAACCUGGUGGCACUUUGCCCGGGACAGCGUUCUGGAAGAGAAAGUUCGUAGACGGCGCCGCAUGUUUUCCUGGGACCACAUCAUGAAACACCGUGUCACGAUGAAGAAGUAUCGAGACGCCUACACAAAGAAGUUAUCCAAUCCUAAAAGUGUACCAAAGGAUGUACAAAAAGAUAUUGAGGAGUAUGAGAAGUUUUUAGACGUGUUUUCGAUCACCCUGAUGAGGGGACAGGCCGAAGUGGAGGCAGCCAAGCUCGGGGCCAAGAAAGCGGAGGAGAAAUCGGGGGGAUGGUUCGGGGGAUUUUUUGGAGGAAAAAAGAAAAAGAAGGAAGACAAGGAGGAAAAGGACAUAAAGGAACAAUUUCAAGACCAAUUUAAUGAGAAAGAGAAGGCCAAACUUUACGAAGCGAUUGGUUACCAAGAAAAUGAGGUGGAUCCAACCUUUCCCAGAGAGUAUGUAGCUGUGAGGUUGGUCACCAAACUAAGUGGUCUUUCUGUGACCCUCAACGAUGAGUCGAAGAAAGAGCCACAGAUUCUUAAACUGCAGUUGAAAGAUGUGUAUGCCUGUGUAGGUCAAAGGCCAGCCGAUAGUGCUGUUCAGGUGGAAGGAAAGAUAGAUAGGUUCAUAGUGGCCGGUUCUCCACAAGGUGGCGCCACACCCAAAAUAGUGGUGUCCUUGAAUGAGGAGAAAAAGGUCGUGUACUCGUUGUUGAACUUUAAUUUUGAGACGAAUCCUCUGGACCGUAGCUGUGACACCAGGGUCAUCCUCGAGGCGCGACCUCUACAGAUUGUCUAUGAUGCAAUUUCUAUCAACAACAUGGCUGACUUUUUCAAACCUCCCAAGGAAGUAUAUCUCAAACAGUUGUCGAGAGCUGCUAUGGCUAAGUUUGAGGACAUUAAGGAACAGUCUGCUUCAGGACUGAAACACGCAAUAGAGCAACACAAGUAUACAGACAUACGCGUGGAUCUCAAACCGUCGCAUGUCAUUAUUCCUCAUGGUGGAUAUUAUAAAAAGGGUGCUGUUAAUAUUCUGGUCCUUGACCUUGGAAAUUUGAAGGUCAAUAGUGAGAAAAAUAAAGUUGGGGACAGCAAGACAUUAGCUGUGGAGGAUGUGAUGUCCAGGGCUUAUGACAACUUUAAAAUCAAGUUGGACCAAAUACAAAUUUUAUAUGCAAAACCAGGGGAGGAUUGGAAUUCUGUGAGAUCUGUCGGGAAAUCCCCUCAGCAUGUACUUCACCCCAUCUCUAUCAACCUCCUUCUACAGAAGAGCAUGUUUGACAACGAUCGGCGGAUGGCGAAAAUAAAGGUCAGUGGAGAUCUCCCCCUGGUGAGCCUCAGUCUGUCUGACCUCCGGCUACAGGAGAUUCUCCAGUUAGCCCAGAGUAUUCCCCUGCCCGAGGGAGAAGAACCAGUUGUACUGGAGGAGGAGGACAUAUUUUCAGAUGCCCUUGAUGUACCCCUGGACAUUAAUGAAAACCAGCUGAUGAAGAAAGUGGUUGAUGUCUCUGCAGAGCUGGCUGAACUGGAGAAUCUAAAGUCUCCCCGCCCACAGGAAGUAGUGAACAGAACUGUGAUGGAGAUGAAGUUUGAGAUCAAAGAGGUGUCUGUGUGCUUACAAGAACAUACCGACUCAGGGGAGGUCCCGAUGAUUAAGCUGGUCCUACGGACACUGGGGACCAAGGCAACAACCCGUAAAUUUGAUAUGGAGGCUGAGGCUUAUUUAGGGGGAAUUUAUCUACAGCAUCUUAAGUUCAAAGCCACAGACAGACUCAGUUCCCAGCUUCAAUCUGUGACAUCAUCAGCAUUAGAAGGCGGACCCCUGAUAAACCUGAUAAACACACCUACUGAGGAGGGAACAAGACUGCUUAGUUUUAACUACCACAAGGCAGACCCCACUGGCCCAGAAUUCAGUACAACAUUUGAAAACACUGAGCAGACAAUUGACAUCAGAUUUACCUCCUUUGAAGUACUUCUUCACCAGGAGGCGCUGCUGAGUGUUUUGAAAUUUGCCGCUCAACUACAACGUAGUUUACAAGUCACAGAGUCCACACCUCGAGAAACAAAGGUGGAGGAUAAGGAUAAACAGAAGAAGACAACACAGACAGACAAACAGACAACAACCAAAACUAAAAAGAAAGAGCCCGAGGACUCCCGAAUCAACAUGCGUGUAACAGCUGAGCUGGAGGGGUUCGGAGUGGCAGUGUGUACCAACAACAGUGUCUUAACCAACAUACGAAUCAACGGAAUAUCAGCGGGAGUUGUAUUACAGGACAGUAAGACCAGUGUUACAUCUGAACUAAGGGAGGUUACUGUGUAUGACAUCAAUGCUACCACAAAAUACCCAAAAGUGAUGGAGAUACAAGGUGACGCAGUGUUGAAGCUGGCUCUGACGAUUUACAAUGACGCAACAGAGGGAGAGAACUACUCUGACAUGUCGUGUGUUGAUACGAGUGUCGACGUACAGCUGGGAUGUAUCAGGGCUGUGUUCCUAAUGAGAUUUGUCAAUGACCUUCUGGAUUACCUGAAUGGUUUCCAAGUCGAGGAACUGGAAAGUCAGAUUGAGGCAGCGAGGGACCGAGUACGGGAGGCGUCGGAAGCAGUAGCAGAGAGCGCCAGGGGUGCGGUAGCUCGCCUCGCGGAGAAGUCACCGCGGAUUUCAAUCCGAGUCGGAAUGAGUGCACCAGUUAUUAUUGUACCCCAGAGAUCAGACUCGUUAAAUGUGCUGAUGGUGGAUUUUGGCCAUUUGGAGAUUGGGAAUUCAUUCAGUCCUGUGAAGACAAAGGCAGAUAUUCCAGCUGUUUUAGAUUCCAUGAAGAUUUGUCUUAAGUCCCUAAAAGUUGCCAGAGCGGAGCUGAAUAACCACAAAGAGAUAGUGGGCCAGUGUCUAAUUUUAGAACCCGUCAAUGUGACCCUGUCUGUCACACGGAAUCUAGCUUUUGGUUGGUACAAAGAAAUCCCAGCUGUGGACCUCAGCGGGCAACUAGAGAAUAUAUCUGCUACCAUGAGUCAAGGUGACUACAAGGUGAUAAUGACCUUACUUAAUGACAACCUAUCAGAGGGCCAGAAAUCAGAGAGUGUUGCUAAGCAACCAAAGGACAAGGGCACUGAGCUAACUCAAACAGAGAGUACGCCUACACAGCAGGUGGAAUCUACCACUGCAGGUUCCCCUUCCAUCACAGUUACUCCCCCUGAGCAGUCAGAUUCCUUCAAACUCCAUACACAGCUCAAGUUUGAAUUCCAAAUCACAACACUGUCAGCCACUCUCUAUACAGGGGAGAGUAAUCUGACGAAAGAUGGAGAGAAUUCCAGGCCAGCUGAAAAUGCCCUAGGUCAGUUUAUGCUUGAGAUUAUAAGGGUUGAAGGUCAAAUGAAGAGUGAUGGCUCCAUGACAACCAAGGUCAUACUCAAGGACACUGUACUGGAUGACAAAAGGAAGGAGAAACAAGAAAGAGGAGGGGUCAACAGUUCACAAGGUGCCAUAAGGAUGAUAGAGAGAUUUACAGGGGAGGGGAAACAGGACAAUAUGAUAGAUUUAAACCUCACCCAGGAACCCAACCAGGAUAAAGACAUACAAGUGAAGAUAUCCAGUAUCAGGGUGGUGGCCUGUCUGGAUUUCCUGCUGCCCCUCGGGGACUUUUUCACCAGAGGGUUACCCGAGUCUCAGCCAACAACACAGACUUCAACGCAAACACAGAGCAAAGCUGUGACACCAGCUAAAGCUCCACCUCCUCCAACUAGUGAAAUGUCAAUCAUCGUUACCAUGGAGAAACCAGAAAUUAUUCUGAUUGAAGAUCAGAUGGACCCCACUUCUAAUGCUCUCCUGCUCAGUAUGGAGGUGACAUUUAGAAUGAGGUUGACCCCAGAGACGCAGGAUAUGUCUGCUAGCGUCAGUAAUCUACAGAUCGCCUCAGCUGUCUUCAAUGAGAGAGAAAAACGCAAGGCCCAGAUCCUGAAUCCAUGUGAUAUCUCAUUCUACAGUAAAGCACCACAGGGCAAAGCCCCACAUAUGGACAUCUCUACAUCAGACCUCAUACUCAAUAUAUCCCCUCGCACGAUACGGACCAUUACUCUGAUAUCAGUUGGACUGUCCCAGCAAGAUAAGACAGAAGAAGAAGAAGCCAGGACAAAGAUCCCCUCAGAUUUAUGGAGUGUAAAGAAAGUAUCUGACUGUAAAUUCUGGUUCCUGAAGGAGGAACAGGUCAUAGAACCUGGGAUCAUUGAAGACCUGACUCCAAUUCUAGAACUAGAAGAUCAAGAGCAGGCCAGAGGUGAACAGGUUCAUUCAGAAAUGCUUAUCAUGAAGAUCCCGAAUAUUGUAGUGAAGUUAGAGGGUGGAGUCGGUAAGAGGACCGUACCCCUACUAAUUGCAGAGAUGUCAUUUGAUGCCCAGGUCAAAGAUUGGAGUUCAAAGCUUGAGGUGGAAAGUAAUAUGAAGUUAGAGGUAGCCUUCUACAAUGAGAAGCUCUCUGUAUGGGAGUCCCUUGUAGAACCAGUGACGGAAAAUGGAAAACUGAAGAAAUGGGACCUUGGUCUACAGGUGAUGAAGAAUGAUGAUCUUGCUCUGGAGGAUGAAGAAGAAGAUGAAGACUCCAAAAACAUUGUGUUACCUCCCCCUAAGAUGUCAAUCAACAUCAGAUCUAAUGAUCCAAUGGAGGUCACUGUCACAAAAACCUGUUUAGAGGUCCUCAAUAACCUAGCCAAGGCUUUUGGAGAUGCUUACAAACUAGUAACUCCAGCAGAGGAGGCAGGAAAAGUUCUCUCCCCUUACGUCAUUAAUAAUCACACAGGAAUUCCUGUUACCCUGAAACUGGAUAAAGAUUUCGAGAUGCCGCAGGAAGCUAAGAAUGAUAAACUGACCUUGGAAUCAGAGAAGUCCCUCCCUUUGUAUGGGAGGAAACAGGCGGUUCUCAAGCGCCAGGCCUCUGUCAUCAAAGCAACACAGGAAGGAGACGAGAAAAAAUUCAUCUUUCAGAUUGAAAAAUUCAAUGCCACAAGGGAGGUAACUAUAAAGCGAUCAGAGAAACGUUUCUAUCCAGUCAACAAUAAGACCUACCCCGGGGACGUGUGGGCCGUGGUGUGUAGUACGGAGGCUCCAAUUGGUCAGAAAAUCAUCAAUUUACGGUCCAUUGUACAGAUGAAGAACAAUCUGCCAUAUGCUGUAGAGAUUUUCUCCCGUACCGAGCAGACAGUGACGUCCUGGGGCACGGUACAGCCAGGAGACCUGUUUAAUGUCCCCCUCCCCGGGGUUUACACACCAGACGGACAAUUCUUACUCAAACCCAUUGAUCAGGAUUGUGAAACAUCGAAAGUUCCCAUAUCAUGGAGGACAGCUGAGGCCAAUCCCAAAGUUUAUGUACAGUGUCCUUUCAAGAAUGGAUCAGAAUACGUAAUUUGUGUGAGAUCUGAGGUGAUUAACAUUUACUAUGAUGAGACUGACGAGCUGUCAGCUAAGACGUACCUGUUUCACCUGUCCCCAACCAUCGUGUUCCACAAUCUCCUAAACAUACCUAUCACCUUCCUUCUUGAGGGGAUGGCCUCAGAGGUCUCUCUGGGCAGGGGAGAGAGCAAACCUUUGCUUCACGCCAUGCCAGGAAAAUCCCACAUAGAGGUCAGGAUACCCCUGUAUCAGGACUUGGAGUGGCACGGUACACAGCUUCUCUCUACAGAGUUUCCCGAACUCUCAAUGUGGACGUUUAAUGCCGUCUUCAAAGGCCCUUCAAUGAUUUCCUUGAUUUUAGGGCUACACUGUACAGAGAAUGAGGGAUGUCUAGACAUGUCUGUCUACAGUCCAUACUGGAUGAUAAAUAAGACAGGAAGGACUCUCAUGUACAAGGGGAGUGAUUCGGAUGAGGUCAUUGAACAUUCGUCUGAGAAACAGGAAGUCGCGUUUUUCGCAUUCAGACCGAAAACCUGCCUAGAGGGAAAAAAAAAGGAUGUAAAACCAGAAAAAGAAGGCAAGGCCAAGAAAAUCAAAGAAUGGCGACAAGUCGGUAAAGCCUCACUUAAGAUCUUAGACACUGAUUGGUCAGACAAGUUUUCUCUGGAUACAGUGGGAAGCUCUGGAACCAUCCAAUGUAAAACUAAAUCCAGGACUUACGAGUUUGGAGUGAAGAUUCGUCUGUCAAGCUCCGGCCUGACCAAGAUCUGUACCUUCACUCCUCUGUACAUGCUGUUGAACACCUCCGAGGUGUCCUUACUGUGUGCUGAGGUGACGAAGGAGGAGGAAUGGAUAGAAGUACCUCCUAAAUCUUGUUUGCCAUUUUGGCCAGUGCAGUCUGGGAAGGAAAUGACAAUGAAGGCUAAAGUUAAGGAUUCAGCGUACAGUACUAUACCAUUCUUGUUCAACAAACCCCACACCACACUGCUAAGGGUGGAUGAUGAGGUAGGAGGGAUAAAUGCAGAAUGUCAGGUGACAGAGGCUGCCACGGUAACGACCUUGACAACAUACAAACCUGGCAUGGCAACCGUCCUCCUGGUCAACAGCACGGACAGUUCUCCUGUCAAGUUCAACCAAAGUGGGGAGAAAUCUGCCCACAUCCUGAACCCCAAUGAGGCUGUCCUGUAUACCUGGGAGAACGCCGUCAAGAAGAGAGAGCUAGAGUGGAGUUCUGGGGAAGUUAAAAACCAGAAAACUAACCUCAUACAGGAUGGCACUGGCAGUUUCUUUAAGGACUCUGACACUAAGAUCUACUGGGUCUCGUUUCUGGACGGACUUCAGAGGAUCCUGCUGUUUACAGAAGAUCUGGCUGUCAUCAUCAAUGCUCAGGAGGCUGGGGAGUUGGAGAGAAUUGAACAAGAGAUUAACCUGUCCCUUCAGAGUGUGGGUGUGUCCCUGGUCAAUGAUACAACGCAGAUGGAAGUCGCCUACCUUGGAAUCACAAGUUCUGGAGUGAUCUGGGAAGAAAAAAAGAAACGUUACAAAGCACUCAAUCUGAAAACAACUACACUGCUGGAAACAGCAUACCAGAAGUAUGUGAUGGAGUUAGAGCUUGGCCACAGGCCACCAGAAAAACUGACACUGGACAACAAAAUUGAGGUGAACUUCCAGGAAAUGAGAAUGCUGAAACCACAGAACCGUGGGAUCCGUAGAAGUUUUCAGGAUGGGGUGUGGAUCCAAUAUAAAACUUCCCCACAUCAACUUCAACUCCAUGCAAAGAUCAAUCGGCUUCAGUUGGAUAAUCAGGCCAGUGGAUAUGUGUUCCCCACAGUCUUGGCCCCUAUUCCCCCUCCUAAAUCUGUGGCCUCAGACAGCGUUCCUAAACCUUUUGCUGAAGUCAGCAUUAUGUCAAGAAAACAUGAACACAGCAACAUGUUACAAUUCAAGUAUUUCAAAGUCCUGGUACAGGAGAUGUCACUUAAAGUGGACCAGGGAUUCCUCAAUAAUGUUAUAGAUCUGUUUACAUCCAGUCACCAAGUGUCUAGAGAUCAAGAGAGGGAGCUAUUAGAGGAAGAUGUGAAGACUGUAUACACAGAGCUCCUGGAGGAGGCAGGGCUGUCUCUGGCUGAGGAACAAAAGAAUUUCUACGAUUACCUCCACUUCUCUCCCAUCAAGAUCCACCUGAGCUUUUCACUACAAGGAGGGGGAGAUGGGAAGGCCGUCCAUCUCCAUGCCAACAUCAUCAAUGUCUUCCUUCAGAGUGUGGGAGUUGUCCUCACUGAUGUUCAGGAUGUUGUGUUCAAAUUGGGAUUCUUCCAGAGGGAUAACAGUUUUUAUAACCAGACACAGCUGACGUCUGAGAUGGGGCGACACUACGCCGGCCAGGCUGUCAAACAGCUGUAUGUUUUAGUACUCGGACUCGACGUCCUCGGGAAUCCAUUCGGACUCAUUCGAGGAAUGGCAGAAGGAAUGGAGGAUCUCUUCUAUGAACCGUAUCAGGGAGCUAUACAAGGCCCAGAAGAGUUUGCUGAGGGGUUGGCCCUGGGGGUUAGGAGUCUGCUGGGUCAUGCUGUAGGUGGCGCUGCUGGAGCUGUAUCCCGGAUCACGGGGACGAUCGGUAAAGGACUAGCGGCCUUGACCUUUGAUGAUGAAUACCAGAAGAAGAGACGAGAGGGGCUUAAUAAAAAGCCGGCCAACAUUGGGGAGGGGUUAGCUCGGGGAGGAAAGGGACUUGUUAUGGGAGUUUUUGAUGGAGUUACAGGAAUUGUUAGGAAACCAAUAGAGGGUGCUCAAAAAGAAGGAGUGGAGGGAUUUUUCAAAGGUAUUGGUAAAGGCCUGGUGGGAGUGGUAACAAGACCAACAAGUGGUGUGAUAGAUUUCGCCAGCAGCUCAUUCGAAGGCAUCAAAAGAAUUGCGGACAUGACUGACGACGUAGGCCGGCUCCGUCCACCGCGACGAUUCCAUUCUGACAGAAUCAUUCGACCAUAUAACCUUGUAGAGGCCUCAGGUUACGCAAUCUUACAGGAAACUGAGAAAGGAAAAUAUGCAGAAACAGAUGAAUAUGUGGCUCAUUCUGUCAUCAUAGGGGACAGAAAAUCAACCAAGAGUGUCCUAAUAGUCACAGACAAGAGAGUUAUUUAUGCCAACAGAGGGGACAUUUUUGGGCAUUGGGAUGCAGAAUGGACACACACUUGGAUUGAACUGAAGGAGAAACCGAAGAGAUCAGCAAAAGGAGUGGAGUUUCUACUUAAGGAUGAAAAGAAGAAAAAGUUUCCUUUCCAACUCGGAAGUUCUGCAAAAAAGAUUGAAGUUCAUAUCUCAGAUCCAAAGAGAGCAGAGUGGCUUGUAGGAAAAAUUGUGGAAGCCAUGGAUAUGAGAAAGUAAAGACAGUUAAUUAGGAAACUGGAAAACAGUGUUUAUGUACAGUUAUAUCCAACAGUGAACCUCUGCUGCUUAAUAUGUCCAGUUAUAUCCAGUGAACCUCUGCUGCUUAAUAUAUUUAGACUCCUGUGUGUGUUUGUAAAAUUUAGGUCAUGAACAAAAUUUAUAUCACAGUGCUUGUGAUAUAUAAUGAUUACAAUGUAUUAUAAAUGUAGAAUAUUGAAUGUAAAUUAAUUAGCAACAGCUAAUUAGCAAUAUACUGUGCCAUCUCAUGCCGUCUCAUUAAGCUGUAUCAUAUUUAUUCAUGAAUGUUAAAGUUUUCAAAAGUUAUUUGUGGACAUGUUUAUGACAUUGGUAGACAUCAAUAAUGAAAAAUUUUAUUCUAAUUUAAACUUCUUUUUUUUAUUUCUGAAAUUGUGAUGUUUGGUCAAAUAUUGAAAGCACAACCACAAAUGGCUACCAGAAUAGUCAUAAAAAUAUAACACAGUGAAACCUGUCUAAUCCGACAUGCACAGGGAGACCGAUUUUGUGUCGGAUUAGACAGUUUUCACUGUAUAUGCUCAAUCACAAAUGCAUCUUAUAUGAGAUUGAAAUGUAGUUCAUGAAUUUAGCCAUUUUUGCUUUGAAAAACAUGUAUGCAUUUCUAUUUAUGCAUUUCUACUUAUUGUCUAAUAUCAUAAUAUAGCCUUAACGGAAAAUUAUAGCACUACAACAAAUACUUCAUGCAGAAAUGACGCUUUAUAAGUCUGACAAUUUUUUAACAGUAUAGCAUAAUAUAUCAAAUAAUUAAUGAAAUAUAUUGUAAAAUCAGAUUUCUUUUGCUUACUGAAUAAGAUAUUUUAACAGCACUUUGCUAUCAUAAUGUUCAUUGAUUUUAAUUGUAAAGAAUAUUGAAUCAUUUCUGGGAGGCUACACAAUGACAAAAAAAAUAAGAAGAACAUUCUUGACCACUCUUUAAGACACUGAUGUAAAUAACAAAUUGCAAUGUCUACAUCAGAUUGUUUUAAAUAAAAGAUAGAUUCAUUUAGAAAUACUGAAUGUCAUCAAAGCCUUAAAGCAAUUUAUCAUUGAAUAGAUACAUUUACACGUCAACACAUUCCCCCCUUUGUAUGUUGUUGUAUCAAUUUUGUUAUCAAAUAUUAUUUUUAUGUCUAUAGUUAUAAAUUACACAUCAGUAGAAACGUGUUUUUGUAUUUCAUUAGCUUUAGUUAUUUAUUAUCAAAUGUUUACAUUAAGAAUUUUAUUUUUACACAAUGCCAAAAUAUUGCUGUGUAAAGGCAGAAUUGGUAUAUAUGUGCACUUAAUUAUCAUACUUUCAACAUGUAUUACUUGUUUAUUAGAAAUUUUCUUAUAUAUUUUUUUUAAUUUAGUUCAGUAGUUUCCUAAAGGUGGGUGUUUUUCAGUCUAUCAAGGUCAUUGUCAAGGUCAUUCAGGAAAAGAUGCUGAACAAAUUAGCGGAUCUUGCCAUAGUUUCAAGAAAUAUCUGACUCAUUUCUUAGUUUUGAGAUGUAUUGGAAAACUGUGUAUUGUUUAUUAAAUUAUUACUGUGGGUAUUUGCUACUGAGUAUAGCUAUAGUUUUAAGUGCCUGUCUAUUAUUUUGUAUUAUGCCAGGGUCUUUUCAGUUGAUAUAAAGAUAACUGCUUUAGAACAGGGUCAUGAAAUGAAGAAUUUUCUUUUACGAUUUACAUUGACCAUGCAUUUUAAAUAGAAAAAAAACCACUGCCUUAUGACAACUACAGCUGUAAUAGAUUAUUGGUCUUGGUACAGUAAAAAAUACAACAAAGUGCUGGGGAUGAAGUAUUUUGAUUCAUUAUAAAUGUAAUUCAUCAUCUCAAAGAAGUUUGUAAUGUAUUAAAAAGAAAAUGUUACGGGGAAUGAAAAUCUCUUUCCCAUAAGCAUGAAUAUGGUAUAAAACUUUUCAACAACUUUUUACUGUAGGAGAUUAAAAUACGGUUCCUUUUAUAUGUAGAAAAAAGUAAAUUAAUCCUGUAUGUAUUGUCCAAACCUUUGUAUGUGAGUAUACUUUUCAGAGUGUGACCCAAAUAUACUUAUCAUAACCUAAUUGUUUAGCUAAUUGAGUGUAAUGUCCAGGCUAGGUAUUGAGAAUGCUUAUCAAAACUUAAAUGUCUGAAAAAUCAAGAUUUGGCAUCCAGUCUUGUGUAUGGAACAUGUAUUAACUCAUAAAAACCUGCAUUUCUGAUUUAUUGAGUGUGCCUAUUAAAACCUGUUUAUCCAGAGAACCAAGUACAAUUAGCAAACACGUGUGUAGAUGAUUGAAUUUGCUUAUUAUUGGAAUUUCUCUACUAGUGUACUAAGAUUUCAUUUUCUGUCAAGUUCAUUGAGAAAGUUUAUUAGUAUUUUUUCUGCAUUAUAGUAGUAACUUUAUUAAAAAAAAACAACUUAUUCCUGUAAAUUUUAUUUAGGUGCUCCUGUUAAUACGAUACAGAACUAUCAUUUUAAUUUCUAGAGUGUAAAAAAGAACUCAGCAGCAAUUCCUCUCUCCUGGAGAAACUUAUUUCUUUCUGUAAAAUCUUUAUUGAGGAGCUAAAUUUUAAUUGAUUUUAAUGGACUUUAUUUAGAAUCUUAAAAUUUGUAACAAUUCUAUACACUUAUAUAAGUAUGUUAUGAUUUCUUUGAAGAUUAUUAAGGAAGUGAAAGUUUUUUAAUUAUUUGCUUUAUUUGUAGUGUGGAUAAAAACAAACGUUAGAAAAAAAAGAUGUAUGUUUCUGAUGUUUUCAGUCUCUAGAAGUGAUUAGUAAUUAAUUAUUGAUUAAUGCAAUGUAGUGCUGCUUGUUUUUAUCCAAUUAGUGCAAUAAAGUGUUAUCACGAA